AUGCUUUUCUUUCGACGCCGCGAUACACUAAGUCAAUCAAAUUUGACCGAUCAAGAACGAUGCAUUCAUGCAUGUCUUUUCUUUGCAUUUAUAUUGCUUAUUCUUACAGCUGUUUUACUUUAUUUUGCAAUAACAUCUAAAGGUAUAGAUGAACCACGUAUUUAUUAUUAUUUAGGAGCUGGUAUUUGUCUUGGUUUUCUUUUAUUAAUUACAUUAUGUACAAUUAUUUAUGUUCGACGAUUUUAUGGUGUUUCUGUAUCUUCAACACAUCAACGAGGAAUAACAUCUGAAUCUGAACAUGACAGUUCAAAAUAUUCAAAUAAUGAUCCGUGA